ACAGCAGCUCCCUGAGCUAUCGAGGCUUUGCUGCACCAGACGUGCCAGCGACAGCGAGCUGCUCUGUGUGGAUGCUGCAGUGGGAGCGGGACCCUCGGCAUGAAGCACUUCUGCUGUGAGCCCUGGGCAGCCCUCGCUGUGCUUUGCCUCGCCGCUGCCCUCUGGGAUUCCUGCUCAGCAGCAGCUGAAGACACCUCCAAUGUUUCAACAACUGACUAUGAACCACCAUGUCUUAAUGUGAACUUCUGCAGGCAAGCGGCCGCGUGCUGUCCUUCGGGCAUGGAUGACUACGGGUGGAUCGCAGCGGCUGUUGGCUGGAGCCUCUGGUUUCUGACCCUCAUCCUGCUCUGCAUGGACAAGAUCCUGAAACUCGGGCCUGAUGAACCCAAAUACUUGGUGGCCUGAAGCACUGGGGAGCAGCGAGGCACAGGCAGACUGAUAAAGCAUUUCAAACACUUGCUAAGAAACAAAAAAGAAAUGGAAAACACCUUCAGCCAAAGAAGGCCAGAUCUAAGCGGGGCAGCUGCAGAGGCUUCACCCUCUUUGGCAGGCUGGAGCUGCCAGGCAAGGUGUGGAGCAGGCAAGUCCCUGCAAGCCACCACAUAUGUGCCAUGGUGCAAAAACCCCCACUUCUCCCUGAGCCCUCUCACGAGAACAGAAGCAGCAGGAGAGGCUAAAGGACCAGUUACCAGCCUAUAGCACAUUGCGCUGAGACAACCUGGCGCAUGACCUUUGGGUUUGACACAGAAAGUGGGCAAAUAAAGCUAUUUUCUGUAGCAUCAACAUUACCAGAGGCAUUACUAAGCUAUAGGCCAGGUUACAUCACUAAGUGAAUUAAAAGACUUUACUGAGUCUUUCUCACUCAAUAACCUACAAUAUUAAAAAGUCUAUUAACUGAUUCAUGGGAAGACUUUCUUAUGGAAACUUUAGGGACUGUUUGGGCUGGUUUGAAAGUAAAACUCAUUUUUCCACAGCCAUUUAGAUAUGAACUGUGUUGCAGGAAUUGAAUGUUGGUUGUAUUUAUUCAGCUUCCACCUGCCUGAGAAACUAAACCAAGCUGAACUGUGGCAAGCAGGUUUAAACCACCAUAUCCAACUCAUGCACAAAACGGUUCCUAUUUAUCUGAGAUGAUAAUAAACACUCUUAUUGAUUGAAA